AUGACCAAAGCACAAAUUAAUUUCUGUGUAAAGGAUGCAUUUAUAAAAAAUAUAGUUUAGAAUCAACAAAUUAAGCAUUCUUUGAAAACUAGCUUUAGGACGCUGUUUAUUAUUAUAAAAAGUAGAGCAACUAUUUCAAAAUGUUCAGCUACUUGCUAUCAGUUACAAACGCGCAUGCUCAAUAUGCAGUAUUUGAAAUUUAGACAGAAACAGCAUCACAAUCAUAAACUCAAAAAUUUAGAAUCAACAGCUGUGCUGCUUCAAGAUAUUCCAAAGUUUAGCACAUUGCGUUUGCCGACUUAACUUUUUAGGAGUAAAGGAUUCUCUACAUUUAAAGGAGCCCAACCUUUAUGUAGUUGUGACUGCUCUUAAUUUAGUAAACCAAUCAAUUUUGUAUUGAAUUGGUUAGUAAUAGUUGAGGAAUAAAAAACAAUUUAGGAAAAAAAGGAAGCUAUUUAUCAUAAUCAAUGUGUAUGUCACAUUGAUUAUGGAUUUACAUAUCAUGGACAUGAAGAAUAUUAGAAAUGGCUCAAUCAAAGAUAGUUUGAAAAUCAAAUUCUUAAGCAAAUGAGAUCCAUAUAAAUAAUUUAGUGA